GAGAAAAGGAAAAAAUGAAAGAUAGCAGAGAGAAGGAGUGGACUGACUACUCUCUUUACUUUUUUGAGGCUUCACCCUCUCUAAAACUAAUGGAUAAAACUCCUAAAUAAAACGUCUCCAUCUCUACCUGUCUCUUUCUUAAAAGUUGAAUUUCCUGUCUUUCACAUUUGGUUCUUCAAUCCUCAGCAUUUUCCUUGGAAAAAAAAAAAAAAACCUUUCUUUUGUCCUGCUCACCACAUGGGUCUUCAACUAUGGAGUGACCACAAUUUCAGGUCAUGUUUUCUUCUCCUUUUAUGACUCUGUCUCUGCGUUUCUGAAUUGGGUUUGGCUUUUUUACAAUUUGAUUUUGGUAUAAGAGUUGGGUAGGAUCAUAAUUCAUGUGGUUUUCUGGGUACAUUGUUUCACUGUUCUUAGUCAGUUAGUUUUAGCGGGAGAGUGGCCAUGGAGGAACUUGGACGCAAAAGGCUAUGUAUUUCUCUUACUUUGUGCUUCUUCUUAAUGGGACUGGUUUUUGGUGCCACUGAUCCCAAUGACCUGAAAGUGAUCAACGAUUUCAGGAAAGGCUUAGAGAAUGCAGAGCUUUUGAAAUGGCCAGAUGAUGGAAAUGACCCUUGCGGCCCUCCUUCAUGGCCUCAUGUUUUCUGUUCUGGUGACAGAAUAUCACAGAUUCAGGUUAGGGGUCUGGGUCUUAAAGGACCUCUGCCUCAGAACUUUAAUCAGCUCUCAAAGCUCUCUAAUUUAGGUCUCCAAGGAAACUUGUUCAAUGGGAAAUUGCCUAGUUUUAGUGGUUUAUCAGAGUUGGAAUUUGCUUAUUUGGAUAACAAUGAAUUUGAUACAAUCCCAUCCGAUUUCUUUGAUGGGCUUAGCAGUGUCCGGGUCUUGGCUUUGGAUUACAACUCGUUCAAUGAAAGUACUGGAUGGUCUCUUCCUGAUGAGUUACAGAAAUCAGUCCAAUUGACAAAUCUUUCUCUGGUUCAGUGUAAUUUGGCUGGACCAAUUCCAGAAUUCCUAGGGACACUGCCUUCUCUGACAGUGCUAAAACUUUCCUACAAUAAACUAACCGGUGAGAUACCGGUGAGUUUUGGAGCCUCGUUGGUGCAAAUCUUAUGGUUGAACGAUCAAGAUGGUGAAGGUAUGAGUGGUCCAAUUGAUGUAAUUUCAUCAAUGACAUUGUUGACACAAGUUUGGCUACAUGGAAACCAAUUUACGGGGACAAUUCCUGAUAAAAUUGGUGAUCUUACUUCGCUGAAGGAACUCAACCUUAAUGGAAACAAAUUUGUUGGUCAGGUUCCUCUAAGCUUGGCAGAUAUGGAGCUUGAAAAACUGGACUUGAGCAACAACCUGCUAACCGGUCCAAUUCCAAAGUUUAAGGCUGGUAAUGUUACGUAUGCUUUCAAUUAUUUUUGUCAACCUGAUCCUGGCCUUCUAUGUGCUCCAGAAGUUACUGCACUUUUGGAUUUUCUUCAUGAUGUGAAAUACCCUUUAAAUCUUGUUGCUGAGUGGUCUGGGAAUGAGCCAUGUAAAGGGCCAUGGUUGGGAUUGAGUUGUAAUCCAAAGUCUGAGGUUUCUGUUAUCAAUUUGCGCGGACAAAACCUAAAUGGUACUGUGAGUCCCUCUAUUGCAAAGUUAGAUUCACUACUUGAAGUAAGAUUUGCAGGAAACCACCUAAAUGGUACUAUUCCUAAAACUGUUGCUGAAUUGAAAUCUUUGAGAUUAUUAGAUUUAAGUGGAAACAAUUUUCAGCCUCCAUUACCAAAAUUUCAUGAUAGUGUGAAGGUAAUCACACUGGGGAAUCCUCUUUUGGCUGCCAAUCAAUCUACACCAGCUGCUUCACCUGUUGGAAGCCCCCCAAUCAAUAGCUCACGAUCUCCACCACACAACCUAUCAUCAGGUAGUGAACAAUCACCACCAUCAUUUGUUUCACCUUCCCCAACUUCAAUUUCCAACCCUUCUAGCUCUGUCCAAGUUGAACCCCAUUCUAAAAAUUCCGGAAGAUUUAAUUCAGCUAUAGUUGUGGCUGCAAUUUCUGUUGUUGUUGUUUUAGUUCUUCUGCUUAUUCCUCUGUGUAUAUAUUUCUGUAAGAAGAGGAAAGCUACCUCAGAGGUUCCCAGUUCCAUCGUAAUUCAUCCUAGAGAUCCAACUGAUCCAGACGACAUGGUUAAGAUUGCAGUUUCGAAUAACACCACGGGAAGUUUAUUAACUCAAACCGUGAAUAGUUCAGCAAGUAACAACAGCACUGGAACUGAAAGCUCUCAUCUCAUUGAGGCUGGGAACCUCACUAUCUCUGUUCAAGUUCUUCGAAAGGGGACCAAAAAUUUUGCACCUGAAAAUGAGCUUGGAAGAGGUGGAUUUGGAACUGUUUAUAAAGGAGAACUAGCAGAUGGAACAAAAGUAGCUGUUAAGAGAAUGGAAGGUGGGGUGAUUAGCAGCAAAGCAGUGGAAGAAUUUCAGGCUGAGAUUGUUGUUCUUUCCAAGGUCAGGCAUCGGCAUUUGGUUUCUCUUUUGGGGCAUUCCAUUGAAGACAAUGAGAAGCUUCUUGUCUAUGAGUAUAUGCCUCAAGGUGCUCUUAGCAGCCAUCUUUUCCAUUGGAAGAAGCUGAAUUUGGAGCCAUUAUCUUGGAGCAAGAGACUAACAAUUGCACUGGAUGUUGCUAGAGGGAUGGAGUAUCUACACAGCUUAGCCCACCAAACUUUCAUACACCGUGAUUUGAAAUCUUCUAAUAUUCUUCUAGGGGAUGACUUCAGGGCAAAAGUUUCAGAUUUCGGGUUGGUCAAACUUGCUCCUGAUGGCAAAAAUUCUGUUGCAACUAAGCUUGCUGGGACAUUUGGAUAUCUUGCACCUGAAUAUGCAGUGAUGGGGAAGAUCACCACAAAAGUCGAUGUGUUCAGCUAUGGAGUAGUGCUAAUGGAGCUCUUGACCGGAUUAAUAGCACUGGAUGAGAGCCGCUCAGAGGAAAGCCGGUAUUUGGCUGAAUGGUUUUGGCGGAUCAAGUCGAGCAAAGAGAAGCUAAUGGAUGCUGUUGAUCCAGCUCUUAAAGCUGAUGAAGAUACUUUUGGAACCAUCUGCGUAAUAGCUGAACUGGCAGGACAUUGCACUGCAAGGGAGCCACACCAUCGGCCUGAUAUGGGCCAUGCUGUGAAUGUUCUAGCUCCACUAGUCGAGAAAUGGAAGCCAGUUAAUGAUGAAUUAGAAAGCUUCUCGGGCAUUGAUUAUAGCCUACCACUUCCACAGAUGUUAAAGGUUUGGCAGGAAGCAGAAAGCAGAGUGGUCAGCUAUAAUAGUCUUAGUGACAGCAAGGGAAGUAUUCCAGCAAAGCCUAUUGGAUUCGCUGACUCCUUCACUUCUACAGAUGGCCGAUGAGCAUUGGUAAUUAAAAUCAGUGCAAAUAAGUUGCUUAUUCAUCUCAAUGGAUGCAUUUUGUGAUUUCAACAAGUUUCUUUUUGGUUACCGCAUAUCAUGUUUCCUCAUAGAGCAGUCUUAUGAGAAUCAUCAUUUCCAACGGUUUGUUUUAGAUAGAGAUUCUGUUGAUUCAACUUUCUUUAUUUAUUAUUCCUUGACCUAUAUAUAUACAUUUAUAGAGUGUGAUUGUCAACUUGGUUGGUCUUAUAUAUGUUGCCUUUUGCAAAGAACAUUGAUGUUGAAAUGUGUCGAAUCUUAUAGAACAUAAAUUUUCAUGUUAUCGUCAUAAACUUUUGUUGA